AUGGAGGAAUUUGAGGAAGUUGUUGAUGCUCAAUAUUUUGAUCCAGCAUUUCAAGAAGUCGAUCGAGUAUUAUCAUGUACAGAAAUAUUUCCUAUUGUCCAUCCUAAAAAAGGAUCCGAAAUGAAAGGUAAAUGGGCAGAGAGUCUAACCAAAGUGAUGUCUCAUUUACUCAAUUUCAGUAGGAAUCAAGUUCAUUAUGGAGUAUACUUUUUGGAAAGCAAAGCAAUCCUUGAUUUUGGCACCAUAAAUAAUCGUUUAUAUUUGGGAUAGUACAAGACUAACAAUGACUUUUGGAAUGAAUUGGGAACAGUAUUUAGAAGUGCCUAUCAAGAAUAUUAAGAAAAUAGUGAAAUGAAAUAAAUCAGUGAUACUUUGAGAGAAUGUGCAAUUGUACUCUACAAUUAAUGGUAUGAAGAAGCCAAAAAGAAUUAUGAAUAAAAGUAAUCACAAUAGAGAUAUAUCAAUGAGGAUGCAUACAAAAGUAAAGUAAAUGAUGCACACAGAAAUGAAAUCAUGCCUGAAUUGAAGAAGGAGAAAAUCAAUGAAUUAGUGCUUAAUGUCCUAAAUAUCAUCGAUGAGAAAUAAUACACUAUUCAAGAGAAUCUGCCUGAAAUCGAAUCAAUCAUAUCAGAUAAAUUGAAUCUAAAAUUAGAAAUCAAGAGUGAGGACAUUUUCGAUCUCGAAGAUUAUCUCAAAUCCUAACUCUAGACUAAAGACAUUGAUGUUGCUUAAGAAAUGCAAUUGGAAAUGUUAGAUUUCCAACAACAAAUGGAUAAUGUUGAUCCGGACAUCGAAGCUUGGAAUCCAGGAGAUAAAUCUUUUGAUUGGUUACAAUUAGAUUCCGACGACAUCUAAACCUUAACUGAAUCAGAAAUCCUCAAGUUGUCUUAAGAACCCGAUCGUCUCUACUUAGUGAAAUGGAAACACUUAUCUUAUUUAGAAGCCACAUGGGAACCUGAAUCUUUGAUAGAUUGCAGAUAAAAGAUUUAAGAAUUUAAGUAAUUCAAUAGAAGUUUGGAUAAAGAAACAAGGAAUCUCAUGAUGUAAUAGAAUUCUAAUCAUAAAACACUCGUAGAUUUUGAACAAGGACUUCGAAAAAAGAAAUUAUCCAAUCACUAAAUCAGUGAGAUUAGAAAUUAAUUGUAUUUCUUGAAUCAAAGAAAACCACCUCAUGAAUAUACCUAACUUACACAAACUAUUUAUAAGGAUAGAAGAUUAUUAAGAGACUAUCAACUUGAUAGUUUGAACUGGCUAAUUAGAGCUUGGUAUGAGGAUAGGAAUGUUAUCUUGGCUGAUGAAAUGGGACUUGGUAAAACUAUACAAACUAUUUCAUUUUUAAAUCACUUAUACAAUUUUGAAAACUAUAGAGGACCCUUUUUAAUCAUAGCACCCUUAUCCACAUUGUAACAUUGGAAACGUACUGUUGAGGAAUGGACUAAUUUGAAUGCUGUUCUCUAUUAUGAUCAAGAAAGCACUGCUGGAAGGACAUAGUGUAGACAAUAUGAAUUCUUCUACACUGAUAUUAGCAUGAAAGGCAUUGUGCUUUAAGCCUCGGAAAUCUAUAAGUUUUAGAUAUUAAUUACCAGUUAUGAAGUCUUCAUGCAAGACUUCUAAACCAUAUUCAUUAAUAUACCAUUUCAAUAUAUUGUAGUAGAUGAGGCACACAAAUUAAAAAAUUCAAAUGCAAGAAUUUUGUAAUCUUUAAAAAAACUUUGUUGCUAAAGAACAUUAUUAUUGACUGGAACUCCUAUUUAGAAUAAUACUGAAGAAUUAUUUAGUUUACUCAAUUUCAUUGAACCGUAUUCAUUUUCUAACUUAACGAGUUUUAAAAGAGAAUAUGGAUAAUUGGAGACCUCUGAUUAAGUGGAAAAAUUGAAUGUUCUGCUUAAACCAUUCAUUUUGAGACGACAGAAGGAGGAUGUAGAAUAGAUGAUACCUCCUUUGUAAGAAACUAUUAUAGAUAUUGAAAUGACUACUAUAUAAAAACACAUAUACAAAGCACUUUAUGAAAGAAAUAAGUCAAUGUUGGAACAGGGAUUUUCUUAGUGGGCUGCCAAUGCUGCUUCAUUAAAUAACUUAGAAAUUCAACUUCGAAAAUGUUGUAAUCAUCCGUAUUUAAUCUAAGAAAUGUAGAAUGAUUUGACAAAGGAAUGUUAAAACAAAAAUGAUUAUAUUAAUAAAUUAGUAGAGAGUUCAGGGAAAAUGAUUCUGUUGGAUAAGUUAUUGAAUAAAUUUAGAAAUGAAGGCAAGAAAAUGUUGAUCUUUUCAUAAUUUACAAUGAUGUUAUCUAUUUUGGAAGAGUACUUAAAAUUUAGAUAAGUGAAGUAUGAAAAGAUAGAUGGGCAGAUAAAGGCAAGAGAAAGAUAGAAUGCCAUAGAUAGAUUUAAUGAUCCUUCGAAAAAGAGAGAAGUAUUUCUAUUGUCUACAAAAGCAGGGGGAUAAGGUAUCAAUUUGACAGCUGCUGAAAUAGUAGUGAUUUAUGAUUCUGAUUGGAAUCCCUAAAAUGAUGUUUAAGCAACAGCUAGAGCUCAUAGAAUUGGAUAAUCAAAAGAAGUCACUGUUUAUAGAUUGAUUACUAAGGAUACUUAUGAAGCAGAGAUGUUCGAAAGAGCAAUCAAAAAAUUAGGAUUAGAUUAAGCUAUAUUUAUGAGUGGACAAUUCAAAUCAUGUGAAAGUUCAUUCAAAAAUAACAAGAAUGAUAAAAAGAUGAGUAAAUAAGAUAUGGAAGUGUUAUUGAAAAAUGGAAUCAUAGGUCUAUUAAGUAACAAUUAAAUGGGAGAUACAUUUUAAGAAAAGAACAUUGAUGAAAUAUUAGAAAAGAAUUCAAGAACUGCCAAAUACUCUCUGAUUAAUGGAUCCUAUACAGUUUCGAAGUAGUCAUUUGUUUCUGAGAAAACAGAUAAGUCAAUAAGUAUUCAAGAUCCAAAUUUUUGGAAAAUCAUAUUAAAAAGCCAGGAAAGCAGAUGUUAGAAAUUAAUUAAAUUAUUUGAUAUACAUAUGUCAUUGUAAGAAUAGAAGAAAUAUAUGGAGGAAGUAGGGGAUUGUGUUAAUUCAUUAAUAGAAUCCAAAUUAAGUUAAUCUAAUUAUAGCACUGAUGAUGAAUAAAUAUUAACAGAUUUGUUGAAUAAAAUUAAUUCAUCAAAUUAUGCCAAAAAUUAUAGAGAAUUAGCAAUGAAUUGGAUAUAUGAAUUGAGUAAACCUUCAAGGAGAAUCAAGAAAUUGACAGACAUGGAUUUGGGGGAAGAUGCUAGAAGAUUGGCAUCAAAAAGCAAGGAAGAAUUAAUUAAGAAACUGUGUUAUGUGUGUGAAAGACCUAAUUGUUCUGUGUUCUGUAUGGGACAUUGCAGAAGAGCCUUCCAUAUAGCUUGCAAGGAUCUAUUGGAAACAACAGAAUAUAUCAAUAUUGAGGGUCCUGAUUAAGACUUUCUAAAUAAUCAUUCAUUUCCUGAACUCAAUUGGAGUGAAGAAUAAUUGAAGGAAAAUGUCAAUAUUAGAUAUUCUUGUCCUGAUUGCAGAAACUGUCUAGUAGUGUGUUUAUUGUGUAAAUCAAAAGGAACAUAUCCUCCUGAGAAGAAAUAGAAAGAAGAAGUUAUAGCUUCAUCUGAUGAAAAUGAUCCUCUCGAAGAUAAUGUGAAGAAAAUCAAAAAUAAGUCAGCCAUUUCAAAAUGUUCAACAGCUAAUUGUAAUAGAUACUUUCAUUUGAGUUGUAUAUAGGCUAAUCCAUUGUCUAAGACUCUGGAUUCAAAUGUUGAAUUAUUUAGAUGUCCCUCUCAUGUUUGUGUAUUCUGUAAGGUUAAUUCUUCUAAUACAACAACAGCCUUAAUCCAUUGUGUUAGAUGUUGUAGAUCAUUUCAUAGUAAAUGUGCACCUCCUGAAGUGAAAUCUAAAACUUAGAAGAUUGGAAAGAAGGUUAUGAUCUGUGAUUUGUGUGCCAAGCAAAAGGAGGAAAAAUUCGAAGGAAAGAUGAUAGUCAAAAUAUCAAUUAAAGGAUAUUAAAAGAAAUAAAAAUAAGCAAAAUUGGAUUUUAAAUAAUUUGGAACCACAGCCAGAACCAGAAGAAUUUAUGAGAAAAAAAAUGAAACCAUGCCCAGUGAUAGAAGGUAAUUGGAUUCCAGUAGAAGCAAUAGUGAAGAAAAGAUUGUCAAGAAAGUCUAAAGGAAACAAUUCAAAUAAGAUAUUCAUCCUUAUUCUUAUGAAGAACUGGGAAUCAUUCCAGUCAAGCACUUUGACUAUUCCAAAUACACUAAUGAUUGGUGUAAAUAUUGUGGUGCAAGGUUUGCAUCUAAUUUUACUAAAGGCCCUUGGGGUUCCAGAACUCUGUGCACUAUCCACUACAUCAAUUGGGGACAGAAGAAGCAACUAGAUCUAUCGGAACAUAUCGAAUUGCCUAAAAGCCCAAUCAAUAGAGAUGAUCCUACUGAACUCCAAUUCCUACAAAGAUAAAAAGCAAAAGAUCCUAACUUCGACCCCAGAAAAGAACUUAACAUCUACAAUGACGAGUAGUACCAAAUAUUUAACAAUGACUGA